AUGCACCCCGCCGAAGAGAUGACAAUGGCCCCUCAAUUAUCUCCGCGUCUCCAAAAUAUAAAUUCUUAUUUAUUUUUUGAGUAUAAAAAGCGCUAUUCAUGCGAGAACCAGGUAUACACAGAGCGUGGCGGAGAACAUCAUCCCAUCCUCAAAGCGCUCCACACGAAGUUUGUGGAGACGACCGCGGAGACUGAUACCCUUGGGACGAUAUAUCUUCCAUGCAAAGAUCACUUUGUGCCCUACUUCCUCCUUCGCUAUGAGCGCGGUGAUGGACGUUGGCACGACUUCAUAUCACACAACGGAACAAAACUCAUUGUGGCAAACCAAGACAACACUCAACCAAAGACGAUACCUCUCUCACCUCCCAUAACUGCCCAACGUCUUCGUAUAAUACCUUACCGAAGUGACUAUUCUCAAUCAAUGUGUCUGAAACUCUCAGUCCUGGGACAUGCCUUUGAUUCGUCUCUCUUAUACUAUGAGAUCCCAGAAGGCGACGUUUACCAAAGCCCUCGUGGAGGUCCAACAUGGGCUGCUCUAAAUGACUCCUCCUACGAUGGAUUUCGUCUUCCCAAGCGCGGCUCUUCCAGUGGAGAUCAGCGAUAUCACCUGUCCGAUGGUUUGGGUGUUCUAGUGGACCGACGUAUCUACUCCGGCGGCGAGAUUCGAAACGCCUUAGAGGCACCCUAUUCAGUGCGUAGCAUGCAAUGGGAUAGCCAUCAGACGCUUAGCGGUCUGGUAGGCUGGUUCUGUCGAUCGGGUCUACCUCUUUCGCCUCUCUCUCCACCUUGCCAGUCACGCAAUGUCACCCUAUUGUUCACUUUCCAAUCUGGUGCUGUAAAUGUUGGUCAACAUGGGUUUUUCCGUCCAUCACAGUCUCACUUGCCCAAGUGUCAGGCUGGAGACGAGGACGUUGUCCACCGUCUAAAUUAUUCAGUUGAUUCACUCUUCUCACUUUUUAUUCUCCGUAGUCUUGAUUAUCAAGCUCUGCAUAAUAUCAGUGGGCACCUCAUGGUUGGACGCUUUCUCCUCUCUGAUGACAAGCCGCGCUCUCAUCUCUCACCGUGGGGGUUGCUCAUUUGGGACCAUGUUUACUCGGGCUUGUGUUUGCGAGAGAAGGUGGCUACGAUGGUGGCAAAAGAGAGCCGACUCAACAGACGGGCGUGCUAUAUUGACACAGAUGCUCGCCUCAUCCUCCUCGCCAAUCACAAAGGCGGAGUUCGUUUGCGAAAGCACUACUCUUCACAUGGGCGAUUGAAGUAUGGCCCCGUGGUUCCAGACCGCAGUAGAGAUUUUUCACCUGUUCGCCAUUUCUCGGAGUUGCGGAUCCAUGCCCUAAACUCGUUUGCGGAGAACGUCGCGGUGUUCAAACAGGCGCUGGUCCAGUUUAGCGUAGGCGGUAAGCACUUUGACCGCUACGCUUCGCCCGUUUUACACUCGCAUCCACGGAACAUCUCCUCCACCCAGCCCACUUGGGUGGUCAUUCCGUUGCAAGGGCGAGUGGGUCGGUUCGUGAGGGUCGUUCUCACCUUCGACAGGGAUUGGAUCAUUCUCUCCGAGAUUGCAUUUAACUCAUCUCUGCUGAUAGUGGACAUAGACGAGGAGAAGAAUAGCGAUUUGCCGCAGACCUCAUUACAUGCGCUCCAGUCAUCGAAACCUUCAGAGAUAAGUCCCGUCAACCAAUCCCAGCAGCAGGUCGAGGCCUCCUCCUCCUCGCCCAUUCCUCAAGCCCAGCCGCCUUCAUUGGAGGAAUCCACAGACCUGUCUCUUAUUAUCGGCUCCGUGUGCGUGGUAGGAUUGGUUCUCGUGGUCAGUGUCUUUGUGUACGUCCUCUGCCGCCUCUGUCGCGGUGGCUCUCAUGCUAAUCGAGCCCUGUUGAGUAAGGUCACUGCCGAGAGAGGUACCGAUGGUGGCGACUGUGGUAGCGGUAGUAAUAGUACAAAAAAACCGAAGCUCUUGGAAAACAACGGCCUGAUAACUGGUGGAGAUGGAAGAUUCUUAGCUUUCAGUGGAGCCACGCCCACCAGUGCUUUCUGUCUGGCCAACACCAUGGCUGCCAGUGACAUCUCCUCUCCUAGCAAACCGGUCGAUAUGUGUUCUCCCUACAAUGGAAACGACGGGAUGUUACAAGCAUUGCAUCUGAUGCAGCAGCAACACCAACCACAAGCGUCGACAUAUGAUCCCGUCUUCCGACCUCUGCUUCAACCGACUGCGGGCUUUGGGACACUUUCUACGAACAAUGGAGCACCGCAUCUAACGAUGUCGGGUACCACAGCAGCGUCUUUGUUCCAACCCCCUCCGCCCCCGCCACCACCACCACCGCCGCCUGAUCAGCCACUACCGCCUCUCCCGCCCAUCACCCCUACAUCCGGUAUUAGCUGCGGCAACCACCGACCCAGCUCCACAGUGAAUCCAUACGCCGCCUCUUCCGCAGUAUCCAUCCUUGCCAACAGUAGCGCUGCUGCCAACGCGCCCAUGAUUGCAAGUACUCACACUGAUAGCUCGAUGGCCGAGUAUGCUAGCGCUUCACUGAUAAGCGGUCAGUCGGGUUAUCCCAUGCGUCCCCCCUCUAUCCAUGGAGGUACAGGAGGUCUCAUAUUUGCGUCACAGCCCACAGCCUACCCCACCGCCCAGUCACCCGCCGGACAGGACGUCUUUCUCCAGCCCACCGCGAUGCUAGUUGGCACAAGCACUGCCAGCAACGUGGUGAAUGGAAACGGUGUCUUCCCCUUCAUAGUGUCCUGCUCCAGUGGUUUUGGCGAUGCUGUUGUCCCCUCGCUUUCCAUGCUACCCUCGCACUCCAAGAAUGGACUCUUCGACACCUUAAAAUCGAUCGACACUUUACCGCCACACGAGAUGCGAUUUGGUCCUGCAGAUCACACCAGCGUCAAUUUUUUAUUCUCAGAUUUCUAUGAUUGGUGUGCAUGGCUACGCGAGCCCAUUCCGACAACGGCCGCUUAA